GUAGUAAAUAAUAACGGUGUAAAUAGGUCCCAAACUCCAAUUUAUUUGUUUAUGUAUUCAUCUGAUUAUGAUCGAAAGGAAGUUUGUCUGAUGUUAUUACAGCUGAAGGGCUUUAUAAGUCAUAUUUGUGCAGAGGGUCUUUGAGGAUUACAUUUACCAAAGUAAUGGCUUCAUUAGGCAACAGUAUGCAGGAUGGAGGUAGACCAGUUCAAGACACCCCUGAUAAGCUUCAAGAUCUUUGUAUAUUUUAUUGCAUGAACAAUCUAGACAUUCUUGUUGCAUCAUUGAAUAAUGUUAGUGAAUCAAAUGAUGAUAUUUCAUCCACAUUCUCUUUGUUGCUUGGCAACAGAUUGAUGGAGUAUUUCCUAAGUAACAGUUUACCAAGUGAAGAUAAACAGCAAUUUGUUGAUCAAUUGACACAGAACAAUCAAUUAUGCAAUGAAGUGAUAUUGACAAGGAGAGAUGUAGUAAGCUCUGAAAAUAUUCAAGAGUUGGCUAAUAAUUCAAUCCGAAGAUUGCAUCUCUCCAUAUUUGAUGAUAGUACAAGUGAAGUUACUGUUUCAUACGAGGAAUUAUUAGAAAACAAUCUUCCUUAUUUAACAAAAGUAUCUCUUUCUCAGAAAUGUGAAGAAAGCCAGAUGACAGGUUUUCUUAAUUUGCUAUGUGGACAGGAGGUUGAUGCGGAUAUUGAAACUGUCGGAGGAAAUGCGGAUGAUUUAGAUAACUCUAUAAAUGCUAGUGGUGAUCAGAACAGAGGAAAAUAUGAUAAUCCAAGCUUUUAUGAGAUGGUUGUUUCUAAUACCAAGUUCCAUGGAUUCCAGAUCAGAAAUCUGGAUGGACAAAAUGAGGGAAGUGGGGAAACUGUUCAAGGAGCAGAGAAAAAUACAGAAGACCAGUCUGAUAUUGCUCCAAACUUAAAAUCUUUCAGCUAUGAGUGUGUCUAUAUGGGAAUGCGCCCACCCAUUUCUGCACAUCACUGCUAUGGAUGGUUUUAUCAUUUACUGACUGAGAUAUUGUUGAGGAACAAACAAAUACAGUCUUUCUGUCUUGUAACAGUAAUUUCAAACCCAGUAAAAUGGUUCUUAUCGCAACCAAAGAUUCAUUCAAUGAAAAAUAUCCAGUCACUAUGUUUGUCUUUCAAUUGUCCUGAACAGGUAGCUGAGCUUGAGGAACGGGGCAUUCCAUAUACAAAAGAAUUCUUCUCCAACUUACCUCUUCUUGAAAACUUGAGACAUUUAGAUGUUUCCUGCAACUACGAAGGGGGAAACAGCGGAGGCAUUUACUGUUAUAGUGAUAGAAUGGUAGCGCUAUUCACGCAGUCAGUCAAGAAAAUGACACAACUCAAAUCCAUAGAUAUCUCAGGAACUAAUCUUGCUUCAAUCAUUUCUCACAGUAAUUCUAGUGAUACAAAAUGUACAGGUCAUUGUAUGCCUGGGUUUGAGGGUAGACAGUUUGAUUUUCUUGGAUUGUAUGGCAAUGAAGAAUGUAGGCACAGUUUUAUUCCAGCUCGAAGGGUUAGUGGUGAUGCUAACUUGGAUCAGUUAUUGGUGGCACUGUGGUCACUACAACACAACAAGGCUAUCAUGUUAUCUGUACUGAACGAGCUACAGUUGUGGGUACAAGCACACUUUGUCACAGCAAAACAAGGACUACCAAUGAUAGAUGGAUUAGUAGAGUACAUGGCUAAGAUUGGAGAUUGGGAUAGCAGCUAUGUGGAAAGAGUAUAUUAUGAGGAAAAAAGUGUAUGUGUUACACUACAUUGCUUGUACUUCUUGUUGAGGAGUAAUGAGGUGAAAAAUCACAUCACCAUUAUACAAAAAAGACAAUUGAUGGAGCGGCUGUUUGUUAUAUGUCACAAUCUCAGUUUGAAACUUGACUGGAAGAGUUCAAAUCAAGAAGUUAGAAACAAGAUUCUGAGGGUUGCAAUGUUGCUAGUCCUGAUUUUAGAUCUGGAAGUUACAGUUGUUUAUAGCUACAGAUUUGAGCAAUAUAUACAACUUCUGUUGGAGAUUUUUCAUGGUCCAGCCAAACCAGCACAGAAAUUAUUGUCCCUACGUCUAUUACAUUCUGCAUGCAGGAUCAGCCAAGAGUAUAAAGCUGUUGCUGGUGGCAAAGUGCAACUUGUAAAGAGAUUGUUGAUGAUUGUGAUGGAAAGAGUGACAAGAGUUGAGCAGGUAGAUGAAAUCAUGGAAAAAGUAUGGAGUAUACUUUGGUCUCUUACAGAUGAGGUACCAUCCAACUGUGAAUUAUUUGUCAACCAUGCUGGGUGUCAGAUGGCCAAAACUUGUAUAGAGAAAUACAAAGAUGCAAAGCCAUUGCACAGAAAGAUCACUGGUGCCGUGAGCAAUGUAUCAGAAAACUCGAAUUUAUUGUCGUCACUCAUGACAACAGAUUUAGUGAUCUUGUUCAAGAAUUUACUGGCAUAUGAAGAUGAGGAAGAUUUUGAUGUAAGUUCUCAUGCAGCUGGUUUCCUAAUCAUGCUGGCAUCACAUGGACCUGAUGCAUGGACAAUAGUAGAACCUACAUGUACCAGAGAAAUUGUUCUAGAGGAAGUAGACAAAGUUAUGAUAAGAUGGGAUAUCAAUAAACCAAAAGGGGUGAAAUUCAGGUCUCUUACCCCAAUGUUGACACAGCUAGACAAUUACAGUACCCCAGUAGCUCAGGUAUGGGGAGCUUGGUUAAUAUGUAACCUAGUGAUUGUUAAAGCACGGACCUACUGUGAUAUGUUAGAAUCUGAGGAUGGUUUAACAAGGAUUGACAGUGUGUUAGAACAUGAAGGAUUGAGAGAGGAUCUUGUGACAUUACUACACAAGAUCAAAUCAGUAACAGCAGAAUACAAGUCACGUGGGGAGGAGAACUAUCAUCUGUGAUAUUGUCAUACUUGAUGUGUUAUUUAUAUGAUGUUAGGAAUGUUCUCAUUAUUUUGAUAAUAACCAAUUAUUACUUGUCACAUUUAAACAUGGAAAUGGAAGCUUUACAAUUUAAUUUUAGCUUGUCCAUUCAAAGAAAAAUGGGGCUGUCAUAUUUGCUUGUACUAACAGGGCAACACACUUGGUACUUCAUGUGUAACUUCAUGUCCAAUUAACCAUUGAAAGAAUUUGCUUAAAACUUAAGAUGCAUUGUGGAUACCGGUAAUUAUUUGAGUUCACUGUGCAAGGUGCAUAACUUGAGCAUGGAUUAUGAGUGAAUGAUGAACUGUUUUAUGGAAUCUUCAUUUUUGUGAAUUCAUUCUUUAAUUAGGUUCUUGUUAUACUGUUAACAACUAACAAUAGUGGAGCACACUGUCCUACUGGCACCUCUUGUUAUCUUAAUAAAUAAAUGUUGAACAAUAUUGUUAUGGUUUAUAUGUAUUUAACCUAUACCUUUCCAGUGUUUUCUAUGUAAAAUAGUUCCAAAUAUAAUUAUCAAUAACCAUAAAUUAUACCAUUCUCAAAGUAUGCAGAAUAUUAUACCAUAGGAAAAUUAACAAUGUAACCUUCACAAUAAACAAGGUUAAGAAAUUUAAUUUUGGUCUUAAUACAGACAAGUAAGUGUCAAUAAGACAAAAAAGAAACAUUUUUACUCAUAUAUAUUGAAGAAAACACUUGGUUUAAACAUAUUUAUGUAAGCUCGAUUGCGAAACAAGUUUUUGCAACUUAUAGUAAUCACUUUCGAGUCUGCUUCCUUUAACCAACCAGUACAGGAGUCAUUAAAGAAACAUGGUUGUGACCCGAUUAGGGCUCAAACCCAUGAUCUCUGGGUUGAGAGGCAGACACCUUGUUUCUAACACAUUGCACAGUAUUUAGAUAUAUAGAGGAUAUUUAAUGAAUGUAGGGUCAAUAAUGAAUUUAUUCUGGCGAGCAUAAUAUUUUGUUCAACUCAUUUAAUAAAUUUUGUAAUGAAGCUACACAUACAUAAUACUCUAUUUAUCAUUUGCAUAAAAUAAGAACUGUUCAGGCGCUUUAGUGAAAAUGCAAACUUAAAGCACAUCUUUACGCUUUGUUUAUAUUAUGUAAAUGAUGUCACAUCAAAUUAACAUGCAUGGGGGUGCAAACCAUUUUUAAGGUUUUGCAAAAGUGACAUAGGUAUGUGAUAUAAUGUUUUAUGAGAUUUUGUUGUUUAUUUAUUUACAUAUUUAUUUAUUUAACUACCAAGCUAGUGUUACAUUAACAGUUUAUUGAUUAUGUUAAUUGUAUAUGUCUUCUUAAAUAUUUGCUCUCAAAUUAAUUUGUUUGAUAAGAACAGUUACAAAAAAUGCUGUGUAAAGUUAUAUCCAAAUGAUAUCAGUUAGUCAUCAUUUUGUAGUAAAAUUAGUUUUUGUAAUAAUCUAAAACUUGUCCCCUUCACUUGUUUAUACAGGUUUUAAAUUAAGCUGAUAUCAUUUUACUUAAUAUCUAUUCUAGGAUUCGAAAAACAGGGGGGAUUUUUAUCGAAAAGAGAGAAUUUAUUACUUUUGUUGAUCUUUUUCCUUCUUUAUCUAUGUAAAAUUUCCCAUAGCCUCUGAAAAAAAGGGGAAUUUUCAAAAAUAUGAGUGAAUCCCCCCUCCUAGAAUAGACACUGAUUUUACUCUCAAAAUGUCUCAAAUAUAUUCUUUCUGUGUACACUCAUUGUUUUCAUACAUGCUACUUCAUCAAUCAUGUAUUUCUAUUUAAAUGAUUUUGAGUAUCUUUAAUUUUAUUCCCAAACAUUUUUUUAAAGAUUUUAUUUGAAAUAUUCUGAUUUCGGCUCUCACAUUAUUUAUGCUGUGUCACUGUCUUCUAUUUACAUUGCAAGCAUUUUUUCCAACAUUUAAGGAAUGCCAUUAUUACCGUAGGAUUUGAGGGGAAAAAAGGGGAUCAUAAAAAGUCAAAAUUGGAAUUUUAGUGUAACAUAAUGAAUUACAGAAUAGCUUCUACUGAUAGCCUUUAUAUUCACAUGUCUUUGUACAUUAGUAAAUUGAAAAGAUUCCUGUUUUAUUUAAAAUACUUUUUCAAUGACAAUGAACAACACCCUUAAUGCAGACAGAUGGUUGGGAAUUUUAUGCUUCUUAGUUUGGAAUAAACGUUUAUUUUGUCACUGGAAAUACUUCAGCUUAACAGCAGUAGUUAAAAGGAAAAGAAUCUGUGCUUACAUUGAUUAUUCUCUUCCACUGUUCUCUGUUUAUAUUGAUUAUUCUCUUCCACUGUUCUCUGUUUACAUUGAUUAUUCUCUUCCACUGUUCUCUGUUUAUAUUGAUUAUUCUCUUCCACUGUGUUCUCUGUUUACAUUAUUCUCUUCCACUGUUCCACUGUUCUCUGUUUUCAUUGAUUUUUCUCUUCCACUGUUCUCUGUUUACAUUGAUUAUUCUCUUCCACUAUGCUCUGUUUACAUUGAUUAUUCUCUUCCACUUUUCCCUGUUUACAUUGAUUAUUCUCUUCCACUGUUCUCUGUUUACAUUAUUCUCUUCCACUUUUCUCUGUUUACAUUGAUUAUUCUCUUCUGCUGUUCUCUGUUUUCAUUCAUUUAUUCUCAUCAACUAUUCUCGGUUUUCAUUGAUUUAUGCUCAUCAACUAUUCUCUGUUUACAUUGCUUACAGUAUUGUAUGUAUAACAGACCCAAAACAGGAUGUUUUUUUAUAUAGCUUUAUUGCCUCACAAUCACAGACAGACUCAACAGUAAUUGAAAUAUAAACUUACAUGCAGAGGCUGGCUUAUCAGUACACAAAGGCAGGGUUUUUAGAUACUAGGCUCUGAUUGGCCACUACAUGCGCUUCCACUGUUCUCUGUUUACAUUGAUUAUUCUCUUCCACUGUGCUCUGUUUACUAGUAUAUUGUUUAUUCUCUUCCACUGUUCUCUGUUUAUAUUGAUUAUUCUCUUCCACUGUGCUCUGUUUACUAGUAUAUUGUUUAUUCUCUUCCACUGUUCUCUGUUUACAUUGAUUAUCCUCUUCCACUGUGCUCUAUUUACAUUGAUUAUUCUCUUCCACUGUUCUCUGUUUACAUUGAUUAUUCUCUUCCACUGUUUAUAUUGAUUAUUCUCUUCCACUGUGCUCUGUUUAUAUUGAUUAUACUCUUCCACUGUUUCUAUUGAUUAUUCUCUUCCACUGUUCUCUGUUUACAUUAUUCUCUUCCAUUGUGCUCUGUUUAUAUUGAUUAUUCUCUUCCACUGUUCUCUGUUUAUAUUGAUUCUUCUCUUCUACUGUGCUCUGUUUACAUUAUUCUCUUCCAUUGUGCUCUGUUUAUAUUGAUUAUUCUCUUCCACUGUUCUCUGUUUAUAUUGAUUUUUCUCUUCCACUCUGCUCUGUUUACAUUGAUUAUUCUCUUCCGCUGUGCUCUAUUUGCAUUGAUUAUUCUCUUCCACUGCUCUCUGCUUACAUUGAUUAUUCUCUUCCAUUGUGCUCUGUUUACAAUGAUUAUUCUUUUCUACUGCUCUCUUUUACAUUGAUUUUUGCUGUUCCCAAAUCUCCUAAUCAGCAACAGAAAUGUGUGAAAAUGAACUUGAUUAUUUACAUUUUCAAUAUUUAUUUACAUUUUCAAUACAUACUUUCUUCAUCUUUACAAAAUUAAUUUUUACGUUUUAUGAGGCAUUCUAUAAAAUAACAGGAAAUAAAAAAAGGUUUAACUAUUUAAAGAAUUGCAAUUCUGUAGUCCUGUGAUAUUCGUGUUAGUAUUUGACCAUUAGCAGUUUCUUUGAACUUGCAAAUGUCUUAAAUAUGCAUUAUAACAUUCUCUAUUGUUUAUUAUCCCCCGCCUAUGGAAUCAGGAGGGGGAUAUAGUAUUGGCGUUGUCCGUCUGUCCUUCCUUCCGUCCGUCCGAAUUUCGUUUCCAGACUAGUUCUCUGCAACUACUGGCUGGAAUUCAACGAAACUUUUUGGGAAAUAUCAAGAGGAGAUGCGCAUAUCGUCGGCUUGUUCCGGUCCGACACUUUAACUCAGAGUUAUGGCCCUUGAUUAGUUAUGCAGUAUGCAUAUAGAGUAAAAAUCGUUUCCGCGCUACUUCUCUGCAACUACUGGCUGGAAUUCAACGAAACUUUAUGGGAAUCUUCAAUACCAAGAGGAGAUGCGCAUAUCGUGGGCUUGUUCUGGUCCAGCACUUUAACUCAGAGUUAUGGCCCUUGAUUAGUUAUGCAGUAUGCAUAUAGAGUAAAAAUCGUUUCCGCGCUACUUCUCUGCAAUUAUUGGCUGGAAUUCAACGAAACUUUAUGGGAACCUUCAAUAUCAAUAGGGGAUGGGCAUAUUGUCGGCUUGUUCCGGUCCGACACUUUAACUCAGAGUUAUGGCCCUUGAUGCAGUAUGCAUAUAGAGUAAAAAUUGUUUCUGUGCUACUUCUCUCCAACUACUGGCUGGAAUUCAACAAAACUUUAUGGGAACCUUCAAUACCAAGAGAAGAUGCGCAUAUCAUUUGCCUUGUUGGGGUCAGACAUUUUAACUCAGAGUUAUGGCCCUUGAUUAGUUAUGCAGUAUGCAUAUAGAAAAAUAUUCGUUUCUGCGCUACUUCUCUGCAACUACUGGCUGGAAUUCAAUGAAACUUUAUUGGAACCUUCAAUACCAAGAGGAGAUGGGCAUAUCGUCGCCUUGUUCGGGUCAGACAUUUUAACUUAGAGUUAUGGCCCUUGAUAACUUAUGCAGUAUACAACCAGAGCAAUAAUCGUUUCUGUGCUACUUCUCUGUAACUACUGGCUGGAAUUCAAUGAAACUUUAUGGGAUACGAAGAGGAGAUGAGCAUAUAGUCACCUUGUUCCGGUCAGACACUUAUAACUCAGAUUUAUGGCCCUUGAUUAGUUAUGCAGUGUGCAUACAUCUCAUUGGCAUUUCAUGAUAUUACUAUUUAACACAGAGCUAUGGCUCUGUUAUUGCCAUGAAUAUUUAUCAAGUUCAAAGAAUAUUACUGUUUAUGCCAUGAUAAAUAUAUAAAUAAAGCCUUAUGUCUUCAGUUAGUAAUAACCAGUACUCGGCGGGGGAUAUAAAUUCAACGAAUUUGCUUGUUGGGUAUUUCUUCAAUUAUAUACUAUUACAUAUUAUAUAAGUGUGUAGACACCAGAAAGCCAUAGCUGAAUACAUGGUUUUUAUUGAUAACAAAAAAUCAAAAAAAAAUCAACUUUUCCACAGAUUAAAUAAAUAACUUGUUCCAAUAUAUUUGCAAGGUUUUGAAAGAAUUCAGUAAAAAUCUGUUGUCAUUUCCAAGGCUAAAGUUGAUGUAUGCUUGAUGUAUCAGACAUAUAUUAUAAUGAUUUCCCUGUAACAAUGAAUAGAGAGAGAUCAUAAAACAAUAAUUAUGAUAAGCUGAGAGGGUAAGGCAUUUGCACAAUUGUUCUUUAUUUUCUUAUAUCUUUUAUUUUUGUUGUGUUUUUGUUGAGUCUAAAAACCAAGAAAAGUUUUUUUUGUUUUCAGGUCUGUUCAUUGCUUUGAUAAAAUUGUUGAAUAAAUCAAACUAAUUGAG